AUGCCCCUCGUCACAUCCACCAUGACAAACAGCGACAAGCCGCGCAUCAUCCUCGGCCUCAUGACGUUUGGCCCGCCGGGGACCGAGUCCAAAGGUGGCCGGGUCACGAGUCUGGAAGAAUACAACAAGAACCUCGACUAUCUCCAAUCCCAGGGCUACAACGAGGUGGACACGGCGCGAUCAUACAUUGGUGGGCGACAAGAAGCCUUUACGAAGGAGGCGAGAUGGAAAGACCGCGGUUUGACAUUGGCGACCAAGUGUUUCCCCGUGAAGCCGGGCGACCACUCCCCCGAGAAGUUGAGGGCCAGUCUCGAGAAGAGUUUGGCCGAGCUGGGGACCGAUAGCGUCGACAUCUUCUACCUGCACGCCCCCGACCGAUCUGUGCCGUUCAAAGACACCCUGCAGUGCUGCAACGACAUGUUCAAGGAGGGCAAGUUCGUCCAAUUGGGACUCAGCAACUUUGCGUCGUGGGAAGUCGCCGAGGUGUGGAACAUUGCCAACGAGCGAGGUUGGGUCAAACCCACCAUCUACCAGGCCAUGUACAAUGCGAUCACCAGGGACAUGGAGACAGAACUGGUGCCGUGUUGUCGAAAGUUUGGCUUGGACUUGGUCGUUUACAAUCCGCUCGCCGGCGGCGUGUUCAGUGGCAAAUACAAAUCCAAGAACGACAUACCCAGCGAAGGACGGUUUGCGACCGUGGCCAACUCGGGAAAGAUGUACCGCGAGCGGUAUUUCCACGACUCGACCUUCCAGGCCCUGCAGAUGAUCGAGCCCGUCGUCCAGAAACACAACCUGACCCUCCUCGAGACCGCCCUGCGCUGGUGCAUCCACCACUCGAUCCUGAAAUUCGCCAAGGACGGCGGCAACGACGGCGUCAUCAUCGGCGUGAGCUCCCUGUCGCAGCUGGAGAGUAACCUCAGAGACCUGGAAAAGGGGCCCCUCCCCCAGGAAGUCGUCGACGUGCUCGACAGCGCCUGGGAGACGUAUCUCAAGGGCCGGGGCCCGACUUAUUGGCGGUGA